AUGGCGUCAAUUUCCUCACUACUGUGUCAAUUCCCGUGUAAAGAACUUCUAUUCAGCGCUCAGAACUCAAAAUUGAUUGCUUCGUCUCCGAUUAAUUCAAUCAAUUUCUCGGGGGGAAAUCUGGUGCAGAAGUCGAAGAGAAAUUAUGCACUCAAGGCGGUGCUUCCAGGCAAGCGGGGUCCAGAGAAGGAUCCGAAAGAAUUAGGAGUGGCUAUGCUAGUGGAGCCACCACCAAAGGAACCAUCGGAAAUUGAGAAGAUGAAGAAACAAUUGGUGGAUUCAUUCAACGGGACAAAUAGAGGAUUGAGCGCCAGUAGUGAGACUAGGGCGGAAAUUGUCGAGCUAAUCACGCAGCUUGAGGCGAAGAAUCCAACUCCGGCUCCAACGGAGGCUUUGACUUUGCUCAAUGGCAAAUGGAUUCUUGCUUACACAUCAUUUGUGGGUUUGUUUCCUUUGUUGUCAAGCGGCGCCAAAAUGCCGUUGGUGAGCCUUGAAGAGAUAUCGCAGACCAUUGACUCGGAAAAUUUCACAGUUCAGAACACAGUACUCUUUGCUGGACCAUUGGCAACCACUGCAAUAACCACCAAUUCCAAAUUUGAAGUUCGAAGUCCGAAACGCGUGCAGAUUAAAUUUCAAGAAGGUGUCAUUGGCACUCCCCAGUUGACAGAUUUCCUUGUAUUUGCGGAAAAUGUUGAAUUUCUGGGGCAAAAGAUUGAUCUCACGCCCUUCAAAGGUUUGCUCACUUCUGUCGAGGACACGGCUUCCUCUGUUGCAAAGACCAUUUCUAGCCGUCCACCACUGAAAUUUUCACUCUCCAACAGCAAUGCCGAGUCAUGGCUUCUAACAACAUACCUUGACGACCAGCUUCGCAUUUCAAAAGGGGAUGGAGGUAGUGUAUUUGUGCUCAUCAAGGAAGGCAGCCCUCUUUUGACACCUUAG